AACUCACGCCUUCUCUUCUUCAUUUUCCGUCUUCUCCGCUAGGUUUCCGUCUCUGUUUUUUCUUGCAUUUCCCCGUGAAAUACUUCACAUUCUCUCCUUUUCCUCUUUUUAUUUCCUCACCACCUCAAAUUCCAUAAACAAAUCCAGCUCUGCAUGGUUGGGAGAAUCUUUUAGAGAAUUUUCGUUGUUGUUGGGUUCAGAUUUGGAAAAUUUCCAUUUUUUUUUAGUUUCUUCUGAAUUAUUCAUCGUGGAGAUUCUCGGAUCGGGAAGGGCUGCGAGAGGUGGUUUUCACGGCGGGGAUAGAUUCAUCUUCUGCCUUCUCCUGAGGGGGUAGCCGAGGCUCCGGCCUCGGCGGUUUUUAAACCCCUACCUUCACAAAUUCUGGGAAAAAAAGCUUCGAUUUUUCAGUUUCUGCUCUGUUUUCGUCUCUCGAAAGUUUUUUUUCUUGUGUUCGAGAAUUUCUUGUAAAGUGAGAUUGUUGAUCGUUUGCUGAUAAGAGGGUGAAGAUAAAGAUGCCUGCUUUAGCUUGCGUUGAUACGUCAUUUGUUCCUCCUGGCUACGCCGGUGAUGUCUUUAUCCCGGCGUCGUCACCAACUUCCGCCGCCGCCGUUGUUGACAGCUCUUGCCGUUGGUCUACCUCUCUCUCAUCGUCUCUCUAUCGAAUCGAUGGAUGGGGAGCUCCUUAUUUCAUAGCCAAUUCAUCUGGUAACAUCUCUGUUCGUCCUCAUGGCUCUGAAACUUUACCUCACCAAGACAUCGAUUUGCUCAAAAUCGUUAAGAAGGUGACGGAUCCGAAAUCCUCCGGUGGUUUGGGAUUACAGCUCCCAUUAAUCGUUCGUUUCCCUGAUGUAUUGAAGAACCGUCUCGAGUGUCUUCAAUCUGCGUUUGAUUUCGCCAUCAAGAGUCAAGGAUAUGAUUCUCAUUACCAAGGUGUUUAUCCGGUGAAAUGUAAUCAAGAUCGAUUCGUUGUUGAAGAUAUUGUCAAGUUUGGAUCUUCGUUUCGAUUUGGAUUAGAAGCUGGUUCUAAACCGGAGAUCCUUCUUGCUAUGAGCUGCUUGUGUAAAGGUAAUCCUGAUGCCUUUCUUGUGUGUAAUGGAUUCAAAGAUGCUGAGUAUAUAUCCUUGGCUCUGCUUGGGAAAAAACUUGCGUUGAAUACUGUGAUUGUGCUUGAGCAAGAAGAAGAGCUUGAUUUGGUUAUUGAUUUGAGCCAGAAGAUGAAUGUGAGGCCAGUGAUUGGGUUAAGGGCUAAGCUGAGGACUAAGCAUUCGGGUCAUUUCGGAUCAACUUCUGGUGAAAAGGGCAAAUUUGGAUUGACUACUACUCAGAUUGUUCGUGUGUUGAGGAAGCUGAGUCAAUCUGGUAUGCUUGAUUGUCUCCAGCUUUUGCAUUUUCAUAUUGGGUCACAGAUUCCGUCGACUUCGUUGCUCUCUGAUGGUGUCGCCGAGGCUGCUCAGCUUUACUGUGAACUUGUGCGUCUUGGUGCACAUAUGAAAGUGAUUGAUAUUGGUGGUGGUUUGGGGAUUGACUACGAUGGGUCUAAGUCUGGAGAAUCGGAUCUCUCUGUUGCUUAUAGUCUCGAGGAGUAUGCUGAAGCUGUUGUAGCUUCUGUUCGGUUUGUUUGUGACAGGAGGUCAGUGAAACAUCCGGUGAUAUGCAGCGAAAGCGGUAGAGCGAUAGUCUCUCAUCAUUCUGUGUUGAUCUUUGAAGCUGUUUCAGCGGUUAAACCAAUGGUGCAUCAAGCGACUCCUGAGGAUAUUCAGUUCCUGCUCGAAGGUAAUGAGGAAGCUCGAGCCAAUUACGAGGAUCUUUAUGCUGCUGUGAUGCGUGGAGACCACGAGAGCUGCCUCCUUUAUGUCGAUCAGCUGAAGCAGAGGUGUGUUGAAGGUUUCAAAGGUGGUGUUUUGAGCAUUGAGCAAUUAGCUUCUGUUGAUGGGUUAUGCGAGUGGGUGUUGAAGGCUAUAGGCGCAUCGGAUCCGGUUCAUACUUACAAUAUCAAUCUAUCGGUUUUCACUUCGAUUCCUGAUCUCUGGGGGAUUGAUCAGCUGUUUCCUAUAGUUCCUAUCCAUAAGCUUGACCAAAGGCCCGGGGUUCGUGGGAUCUUAUCGGAUUUAACAUGCGACAGCGAUGGGAAGAUUGAUAAGUUUAUAGGCGGCGAAUCCAGCUUGCCGUUGCACGAGCUGGACAACAAUGGCGGUGGAGGAAAGUACUUUCUGGGUAUGUUCCUUGGAGGGGCUUACGAGGAGGCUCUCGGUGGAGUCCACAAUCUGUUUGGUGGGCCAAGCGUUGUCCGGGUCUCGCAGAGCGAUGGACCACACAGCUUUGCAGUGACCCGAGCCGUGCCUGGUCAGUCCUCUGCGGAUGUUCUUCGAGCAAUGCAGCAUGAGCCCGAGCUAAUGUUUCAGACCCUAAAGCACCGAGCAGAGGAAAUGAUGCAUACCAAAGGUGGUAGCGAAGGUGAAAAUGAAGAGGAAGAAGAAGAUGUUGAGUUCAACAAUGUCGCGGCUUGCCUCGACCGUUCGUUCCACAACAUGCCGUAUCUUGCGACUGAGCAGGCAUCGCCAAGUAACUCUCUUUCAGCUGCGAUCAGUAACCUCGGAUUUUACUACUGCGACGAAGACGGCUACGAUUACCUCUCUGGAUGAGAAAGGUGGUCGUGGUGUUGUUUGUUGUUGCAAUAUAUUAUCGUAAAAUCG